UUGAUGGUGGUGUUGUUUGUCGUUAGCGUGCCAAGGAGCAGAUGGCUGGUUUUUAAAUGACCACACCACUGUGAGUUAUAUAGAGCGAGUCCGCUUAAACAGCGACGCAGCCCUUCACAUUGUGGCUGUUUACGCAGCAUUAGCAUACGUGACGUACGCCUUGCUAGCUAACGCCGCGUCCGUAGCAAGGUUUUACGUAGCACAUGUCCACCGAUGGUAGCCACUCGGCUAACGUAGGUGGCUGCUGAGCUAACGUCAUUAUUAGCUUAACUAAGCUCUGUCCCUAGACCCAUCCCUUUAUUCUCUCUUUUCUCUUGCAACAUCUUCUGUGUAGUCAAAGUCUAACCUGGUUAACGCGAUAGUUAUUAAAGGGAUAGCGUAGUUGCAUGGGUCAGCUUUCUCGGCAAUGCCUUUUUAAACGCUGAUGGCUGCCCAGCUAUUUUGGCUUUAAACUAUGCAAGACCCGUCGAGCUGUAUUAAUCCCGAUUUGUCUUUAACGUAGCGUAAUAUGACAGCAAUGGAGAGUACAGAAUGGACAGAGAAUUACUGAGACAGUGUCUGACCUAUCAUGGAGAAUCCCUGUUCAACACCUUGAAAUGUGAGCAGAUUGAAAACCCAGACUUUCAAGCUGUAGUCGCUGACCUGACCAAGGCCACGUGUGAAAGGGGGGAUGGUGGGAGGGACAGUCACAGCCCCCUUGUGGAACAGUUCAUUGCCAGGAAAGCGGAUAUCUUGUUCUCUCCCACAUGGAAGACAGCCAUUCCAUGGGAAGAGGUGCUAGAGGAAGAGGAGGCUGCAGAGCCCUAUGCCAUCAUGCCACCGGUGGAGCUAUUCAUGGAGGUCUCCAAUGAAGAGAGGAGGGCCAUGCUGUACAGGGAUCUAGAGAGAGGGGACGCCGUGUUGGGCAGAAUCAACAACAUUAGAGAGUACGGCUUCUUCCUCACUCUGCUCUGCAUAGCAGGAGGACUCGAAAGAGACAUAGAGGACCUCGAAAUUUCAGCUCUAUGUCAUAUAAGAGAGAUCCCUUCCACUGGCAGCCACGAUGACCCUCUGUCCUACUACCAGAUAGGGGACUUCAUCAGAGGUGGAGUGAAAGAUAUUGAUCGCUUCCAGGAGAAGAUCAUGGUAUCCCUCCACCCCUCCUCUCUCUCCCCCAGUCUACAGCACGUUAAGCUGGGUGUCAUUGCCAGGGAGGAGCUGCCCAUACACUACAGCCGUGCCUUGUAUGCCUCCAAGGACACCAGCGAAACGUACGAGCAUCUUCUGGGAAGUUGCCAUGGUUACCAGAACCCCUCUGUCGUGGACUACCUGCUGAGGAAGGUGGGGGUUAGCGACUCCCAACCGCCAUCACUAAUGAGAGGACUGCAGAGUAAGCAUUUUCUGGAGGAAGACUUUGCCUCAACAAUUAGGAAGAAGCAGUCUGCAUCCUGGGCUCUGAAGUGCGUGCGUGCUGGGGUGGAACACUUCAAGCACGGUCGCCCUGUGGAAGCGAUGAAUGAGUACAAUAAAGCCUUGGAGAUCGACACUAAUAAUGUGGAGGCUCUGGUGGCGCGCGGAGCACUGUACGCAAACAAAGGCAGCAUAAUGAAGGCUAUAUCAGACUUCGAGUUGGGGCUGGAGAGCUGUCCGGACCACCGCAACGCCAAGAAGUACCUCUGCCAGACGCUGGUGGAGAGAGGAAAGCAGCUUGAGGAACAGGAGAAACUAGUAACAGCAGAGGGCUUGUACCGGAGAGCCCUGUCUCUAGAUGACUCAUACCCCGAGGCCCAGGAAGCCCUGCGCAAAAUCACAGACACAAUACAGAAAUCGAUUCGCCUGCGAGAGGAGGCCCUGGCAAAGGAAGAAGAGAAAGCUAAGACCAGCCAGACGAGUGCUGAGAAAUUGCGUAAGAUUUUAAAAGAAGAAAAGAGGAUGAAAAGGAAACGGAAAAAAUCAACCACGUCCUCCUCUUCGUCUUCCUCCAGACGGUCCUCCUCUUCCUCCUCGUCCUCCUCUUCUUCCUCCUCCUCCUCAGGCAGGAGGUCCAAAAAGAGGAAGAAGAAGAAGCGAAGCAGGUCGGAAAAGAAGAGCAGCCGCCGUCGCAGGGUCUCCUCUGGGGACAACCGGAAGAGUAAGGGCGAGGGGAGGAGAGGGCGAGAGGGUAAAGGGAGAGAGGAUGUGAAAGAGGAGGAGGAGGAGUGGUACCCUGCUCCCCCAAACACCUCCGCCACCUUUCUCAACCAGAGCGGAGGUCCAUGGUUGGGGGAGAAAGAUGAGGAGAGGGAGGUGGAAGACAAGAGGAUCUGUCAGCUCUACUCGCUGUCGGCAGCCUCGGAGGAUGAGUCCUUUGACACCUCCCCCCGCACGGACAGCAGCAAAAAGAGCAGCAGGGGGAGGCGGAGGAGUAAAUGCAGUCGGAGUAGGAGCACAGACAGGGGGGAGAGGAGAGAGUUGAACGGGCGGGAGAGGAGGGACAGCGGCGCUUCCAGGAGGAGCAGUUUAGAUGACAGGGGGAAACGAAAGCUGUCCUCCUCAUCAGCGGAGGCUGAGGACUUGCGCAAGCCUCGCCUCCUGACAGAGUAUUCCAGGAAGUUGCCGCGGAAAGCCGACUUUGAUGGGCGCGCCAGUUCCGCCUCCAAACAGUCCGACGGCAGGGCGAGGAACGACUUCUCGCAUAGGAGGAGCUCCCUAGACAGCGGUCGGUAUGGGAGGGGGGAGGCAGAGGAGAGGAAGAGGGACAGGGUGAAGGAAGGGAGCAGAGAUAAUUGCAGGUCAGCGGGAGGCGACAAAACACGAUUGACAGCUGCCGGGACCAGCAACGGGCAGGGUGGUGCGACCGCAGCACCAGGGGGAGGGCCUAAGAAAGCUGUCCCUGCUAACUUAAUGGAUAUCUUCAGUCAGAUUGCCCAGUUCGAGAAGGAGAAAGAAGUCAGGCCAAAGAAGUAACCAAAACCCUUUUUUUCUUUUCUUUUUGCCAUAACCGUGUUAGAUUUAAGGUUAGCAUCUCCAUUUGCUAAUGAUAUGCGCCAUGACAAGACUCUGAUUUGUUCAC